GCCAAUGAAAAAAGAAGCGUAUCGAGUCAAAACUCUUCACUUCUGCGUUGUAUACGAAACAAGAUUUUGAUAUAAAACCAAAUUCUCGCACGCAACAAACCCAAAUUUCCUACCAAAAAAAUGCAUCAACAAUCAUCUUGCUGGAACCUUUACGAAGAGAAGGUGUUUGAGAAAGCUUUGGUGGAGUACUAUGGCGAUGAGGGUUUGUUGGGUGAUCAUCGAUGGCGAGAGAUUGCCGGCUGUUUAGGGAAGUCGGCGGUUGAAGUUAAGGAGCAUUAUGAUGAGCUUGUUCGCGAUGUUCAUGAGAUUGAUUCGGGCCGAGUCGAGUUGCCUUGUUAUGGAGACGAGUCGUUGUUGUUUGAUGAUCAGAAUAAUAAUGGUUGUAAUAAGCAGCAGCAGGAUGGUAAUGAAAGGAAGAAAGGAACACCCUGGACUGAAGAGGAACAUAGGUUAUUUUUGGUGGGGCUUCGGAAAUUUGGCAAGGGAGACUGGAGAAGCAUUUCGAGGAAUGUAGUGAUCACAAGAACACCAACUCAGGUAGCUAGCCAUGCCCAGAAGUACUUCCUUCGUCAGAAAUCUGGGCAGAAAGAGCGGAAAAGAUCAAGCAUACAUGACAUCAACUCCGUGGAUGACAAAUCAGUUGCUAUGCCGGUCGAUCAAAGUUGGAUCCCUUCACCCGGGGCUCCAGUUCAGCAAUCCUCUGUAAUGCAAGACAUGCCAAUGCCAUUAAAUCAAGGAGGGCCGAUGGGGUAUCAAAACUUUAGCUUCCAUAUGUAAAGAUUUUAAUGUUUUGUAGAUAGAGAAGCUGUCGAUUUUGAAUACCGAUAUGUACAGCCGAUUUACGACGCGUAACAUAGACUAGCGAGUCUGAUUGCACAUAUUGGAGAUUUGGUGAUAUUAGAGAUUAGUAGACUAAUUUGAGGAAUUGAUUCUGUUUUGUUAAUUUGAUUGCCGUAGCUCU